GGAGAAUCCGCUAGUCGCGAAGCGGCAGCGGCGGCGGGAGGCGCGAGGAGAAGCGGUUGGUCUCCUAGCACCAUGUCCUGGCUGAUUGCAAAGCGGAAGUGAGGGUCCGGGUGUGGGCCCUGUCCGGGGCCAGGGCAGCAUGGCCAAGCCCCGGCUUUUCCGGCUGUGGCUGGCCCUUGGGUCAGCGCUCAUGAUUCUUCUGAUCAUUGUGUACUGGGACAACGUGGGCACCGCCCACUUCUACCUGCACACGUCCUGGUCCAGGCCUCACACCCUGGAGGCCCUCCCCACCCCUGGGCAAGGUGAGGAGAAGGAGUUCGCUUCUGAUGUCGAUGAGUUCUUAGACAGGCUUCUAAGUUCUGGUGCAAAGCACAGUGACCUUUCCCGGAGAAAGGUGGAGCAGCCCUUGGCACUGGCUCCCAGCAAAGCCGGGCUGAGCCACAUGGAGGAGAGCGUGAGGGGCUACGACUGGUCCCCCCACGAUGCCCAGCAGAGCCCAGACCAGGACCGGCAGCAGGCCGAGAGGAGGAGUGUGCUGCGAGACUUCUGCGCCAAUGCCAGCCUGGCGUUCCCCACCAAGGAGCGCUCUUUCGAUGACAUCCCCAACUAUGAGCUGAACCACCUCAUCGUGGACGACCGCCACGGCGUCAUCUACUGCUAUGUGCCCAAGGUGGCCUGCACCAACUGGAAACGGGUCAUGAUCGUCCUCAGCGAGAGCCUGCUGGACCGCGGCGCCCCCUACCGAGACCCCCUGGACAUCCCGCGGGAGCACGUGCACAACAGCAGCACGCACCUGACCUUCAACAAGUUCUGGCGGCGCUACGGGAAGUUCAGCCGGCACCUCAUGAAGGUCAAGCUGAAGAAGUACACCAAGUUCCUGUUCGUGCGCGACCCCUUCGUGCGCCUCAUCUCGGCCUUCCGCAGCAAGUUCGAGCUGGAGAAUGAGGAGUUCUACCGCAAGUUCGCCGUGCCCAUGCUGAGGCUGUAUGCCAACCACAGCAGCCUGCCCGCCUCCGUGAGCGAGGCCUUCAGCGCCGGCCUCAAGGUCUCCUUCGCCAACUUCAUCCAGUACCUGCUGGACCCGCACACCGAGAAGCUGGCUCCCUUCAAUGAGCACUGGCGGCAGGUGUACCGCCUGUGCCACCCGUGCCAGAUAGACUACGACUUCGUGGGGAAGCUGGAGACGCUGGACGAGGACGCCGCCCAGCUCCUGCGGCUGCUCAAGGUGGACUCGCAGCUCCACUUUCCCCCUAGUUACCGGAACAGAACCGCCAGCAGCUGGGAGGAAGAUUGGUUUGGACACAUUCCCCUGGCCUGGAGGCAGCAGUUGUACAAGCUGUACGAGGCUGACUUUGUCCUUUUUGGAUACCCCAAACCCGAAAACCUGCUCAGAGACUGAGCCCCUCCCCCACCACGCACACGCUCACCUUGUCCCUGAACACCACCGUCUGGUGCAGCACAGCCAUCCUUUGAGGACAGGAGUGAUACAGCCACGUGGAGUUUUCUUUUCAUCGUUUCCCUCCCAAUGUGACAGGGGCUGUAUGCCGCACCCUCCUGGCAGGUGGCCACACCAGCACCUCACACUCCAGGGUUUUGCAUACACCACCAUUUUGCAAUCUGGAUUUCUUGUUUAGCCCAUGGCUUAUAUCCAUGAAACACUGUGUUGAUAAUGUUUUCUAAGAUUAAUAUAUUUCAGAAUAUAUUUAAUACGAAAGUGAGAAGGGACUGGAGUAAAGAAUGGCACCCGUGCCUUGGGGCUUUUGUGGUUCUUUGGGUCAGGUAGCAGUGCACACAAGAAGGGGGGCCCCAGGGUUAAUGAGGACUCCAGGCCUCACUUCUCCUGGAAGAGGGAGACCCCGUAAGUGCCUUCAGUGGAGAUGAAGAAAAAUAUGAAACCAGGCUGUUUUUAAGUCAGUUUUGUUGUUGUUACUGUAACAAAAUUCCUGGAGUUAGGUAAUUUUAUAAAGAAAAAAGUUUAUUUGCUUACAGUUGGUAGUUUGGCAUGCUGCCAACAUGCACACAGCUUUGGUGAGGACCUAUGACAGGUGGCAGUAGGUAGGCAUGUGCAAGAAGAUAUUACAUGACCAGACAGGAGGCUAGGAUGUGACUUCAGUCCUGCAGCCUUGUCUGAAGACACACCCCCCUCAGCUCAAUCUCCCCUGUCCCCAGCCAUAUGGGCCCUGGGAAACAGCCAAACCAUUCCCAUGUAGCCCAGACACUGCUGUGUUUUUUAAAGGGCAAUAGACCAACUAUUAAAAGUCCUUUUAUGAAGUGA